AUGGCUAGUCUAAGUUUCAACUCCACAAGAAUCAAACAUCCCAUCACCAAUUUCACUUCCUUAACCAAACAAAUCCAAUUGAAUCACUUGUUUCAAUUCUCCACAAAGAAACCCACCAACCCAAAAAUCAAAACUUCCCAUUUUCAACCGUGUUUUUCAGUCUCUGAAAGCUCAGUUUCUCCAUUACCAUUGGAAACUGAAGCUGAAGAAGCUGUUUUUGAUGAAGAAGAUGAUGACCCAACAGCAGAAUUGAGUUAUCUUGAUCCAGAAGCUGAUCCUCUCAGCAUUACUGAGUGGGAAGUGGAUUUUUGCUCUAGGCCAAUUCUUGAUAUUAGAGGGAAAAAGAUAUGGGAGCUUGUGGUUUGCGAUGAUUCGCUUUCGCUUCAGUAUACCAAGUAUUUUCCAAACAAUGUCAUCAACAGUGUCACUCUUAAGGAUGCUAUGGUUUCUAUUUGUGAUGAACUGGGUGUACCUGUACCAGAUAAAAUCCGAUUCUUCAGGUCACAAAUGCAGACAAUUAUAUCAAGAGCAUGCAAAGAGCUGGGCAUAAAAUCCAUACCUAGCAAAAGGUGCUUAUCGCUACUUCUUUGGCUUGAAGAACGCUAUGAAACUGUAUACAUGCGCCAUCCAGGUUUCCAAAAGGGAACUAAGCCACUUCUAGCACUUGAUAACCCUUUCCCAAUGGAACUUCCAGAGAACCUCUACGGAGAAAAAUGGGCUUUUGUGCAGUUACCCUUUUCAGCUGUUCAGGAGGAAUUGUCGUGUUUAGACUCAAGAUUUGGUGCAACUUUAGAUUUGGAUCUUUUGGGAAUUGAAGUUGAUGACAAGACAUUGAUUCCUGGACUUGCAGUUGCAACUUCACGAGCUAAACCAUUAGCAGCUUGGAUGAACGGUCUAGAAGUCUGUUCGAUUGAAGCUGAUGCAGCCAAAGCUUCUUUGAUAUUGUCUGUCGGGAUCUCUACACGCUACAUUUAUGCCACGUACAAGAAAACACCCGAAACUACAAAAGAAGCUGAAGCUUGGGAAGCAGCAAAGAAGGCCUGCGGAGGCUUACAUUUUCUUGCUAUUCAAGAUGACUUGGAUUCAGACGACUGUGACGGAUUUUGGCUCUUAUUAGACUUGCCACCUCCACCUGUAUAA